AUGAAGCUUUCCCUCCUCUUCGAGUCCUUCCUCAUCGACCAGCAGAACCCUGAGGCAGAUCGGAAGAUCGGCUAUCAGUGCAACAAGUGGAAGAACAACGCGUGCAUUGGCUCCUGGGUUCCCUGCCGAGGAAAAGAGGGCCGCUCGCAGUGCAAUUUUAAUGACUUCCAGCUGUUCCUGGACAACACAAAACCGGGUAUGGAGACUCUUCAGGCGGCCUACAGGCCCGACGACUCUCUGGACAACCGGCAGACGGCCGUGAAUUGCAUCUGGGCUUGGAGAGAUCAGGAUAAGGCGCCUUACAACUUCAGGGGGCACAAGGCGUUCAGAAACGGGCUCAACGACCACAACGACUUCAUCAGAAACAUCGGCCAGAUCAGCAACGACAACUACAACAAGCCGGCCGUGAGAGCGGCCGCCGGUGACGCCGCCUUCAGCCGGGUGGACGAUACGCUCACCAAGAUCACCCAGGCCCGCGUUGCCGACCACGGCCGCUACCUGAUCACGGCGGCCCAGAACGGCCUUCCCGGCGUCACCAUUGUCGAGAAGGACAUGGGUGCGAGCCCGUUCUAUCGCCCCUCUUGGACGCCGCCACCGGUUGCCGAACCGGACACGCCGCAGUGGAAAACGGUCGACUGGGAGGCCACCAUCAAAAACUCGGCCGACCCGGCCGCCACCCGCACUCAGGUACGCGGCUGGCUGGACAGCUUCUAUCGCGGGCCCACGGCCAAUAGUCACGCCAAAGAUCACUGGCAAGUGCUUAGGUCGUACAAGACCAACAAAGACCGUACGAACCGGUGCCGGAAGCCCUAA